AUGAACGCGUCUGUGAACGAACCCUUUCUCCUCUCCGCCUUCGAUCUUCCCAAAAAGGCAUCCAAGUCCAGGCCCAGCACCGCGAAACCUCUCCAUGUGUCCUAUGACCGCAGCGCAAAGGAGGGCUUCGCGACAGUCGCGGUGAACGGAGACGGCGUACACGUCCUUGAUGUAUCAGAGCUUCAUAUAUCCAACUCUUACACCCUCGGACCAUCCACAACCUUUGCAUGUCCCGCCGUUUCGCGCGUGGUAGAUGAAAAUGGAACUCGCAUACGCAAAACGUAUGCUGUCGUCGCAUCUAGUUCAGAGGUCAAAAAGGAGGCGGAGAAUCGCACAAUAUGGCUGUGGAGGGAGCCCCUCGAAGGUUCGAGCGCCCGUGCGGCUGACAAACAGGCUAUUGUGCUUUCGCACGAUGUCGUUCAGCUCAUCGCGCCUUCCACUUCCGAAGAUAUUCUCGUUGCAAUAUCCGGUCAUGGGGACCUCACAAUCCUGGACGCUGACCUCACCGUGCGGCACACCGAGCCGCAUUUGUCCUCUGGCUCUAAGCUAGUCAAGAGCUUCGUCUUCGCUACAUCCAAAUGCUCUUUCCUACCGAUCGGCCGACCCCCAUCUCAAAUCACCGUCGUUCUGUUCUUGUCCUCUAGUGAUGGCCUGCUGACGCUUGGAUAUACUAUUGGAGAAGACCUGGAAAGAGUGUGCGAAGAUAGUUUGGACUUAUCCCCAGAGGACCUUUUGGACGUCACAUUCAACGAGUCUGGACUGAUAUCCAUCCUGCAUUCGUCGCGGACCAUUACCACAUAUCAGGUACAGCUGUCCUCACCUCCACCUCGCACUAUCAGGAGCCUACCGUCCAGCAUCCACCUGGACCGCUCUAGCUUCGUAUCAGACGAUACCGGAUACUCAAUGCUCUCAUUACACUCGUCCCUGGGUUUAUUUGCUGCUUUGACGUCGGGCACUUCGCCUUCCAUCGCAAUUUUGAUGCUGGAUUUGAUCUAUUCCGUCGUAUUGGCGGAACACACACUGGCCAUCCCGUCAUCCUCCUCCGGCUACCACUUGCAAUUAGCGGCAGCAUCUUCGUCUCAGGCUUUAUUGUCUUUAUCGCCUAAACAAUCUGGCUCGCGCGCCGCAGUCUACGCAGUCCCACUAGUAGUACCUGCUCGCUCAACUCUCGCUGGCGCAAUGCGCGCAGCGAGUAUCGGCGUCGGCUGGCUCGCCAAGCCUGCUGACGACGCGCUGGACGAGUCGUCCAUCGACGAAGCCGGACAGACCAUGCUCAAGAAGGUCGAGAGCGCCCUCUGCCAGAAACGUGUCGCGGACGCAGAGAUAGCGUAUGCCACAUACGUCAAGCAACAAGGCGCUGCGGUGCCCAGUAACGAACUUUUGCGGCGGCUUGUCGCAACGAACUUCCAGGCUGGCAAGCCCCAUGCGUCAAAGAUUGUGGAGGAUCUUUUGAAACGCAAGCUUGUGUCGAGCUCCAUGGUUGAUGGAGGUUUGCUACCAGCAUUGCGGGGACGCAAGGACUUUAAUCUACUGCAGUUGGCCUUAACAACUGUGAUUGACAUACCAGAAUCUGACGUCCUGGAUGCCCUGCGAUCUAUCGUCGUCGCACACGUUCGAUCCAGCUCUGGAACCGACGAGAUGCAAGUUGACGGUACUCCGUCCACUCCUGCUCUUGCGCCCUUUCUGGGACUGGCUGUUAGAUAUUCGACAUCAAUAGCGCCAUUGAGGCUUGCGAUUCGCCAGUACCUUCCAGAGCCGGAGAACGUUGUCGCCGUACUGGAGAUCAUUGAUGAUUGGUUAGACGAGAUCUUCACGAGCGAGCGGCUAUUGCUCGCUCCGGAAGACAAAAUCAAUGCUCCAGAUGAACUUCCGCCAAUUGAGAAGAUCGUCACCUUCCUCCGAACAAUAUUGGAUUCGUCUUUCCUAGCGCUGCUGCAGUACCGUCCAGCGCGCACUUUAUUGCAGCGCCUAUCAUCCCGGCUCGCUCCCGAGACAGAGUUGUUGGACGAGCUGACGCAACUCUCUGUGCCCCUCGAAGCGUACGUCAAAGCCGAUGCUGCGCGUAAAGCUGGACCGAAGAAGGACGCUCACGUGGAUCACGGAGACUGGCGUAAGAGGAGAAAAGCUGCUCAUGAGCGAGCGAACAUGGCAGUCGGGAUGUAUCAGGUCGAGGAGUUGCACAUCUAA